AUGAAUGGGGUCGCUCAGUCUGGUCGCAGAUCUCAUCCUCCGGGGUGGACUGCGAAUCGGGAAAAGAAACGAAUCCAUUGGGCCCCAUUGAAUAUCGGCCUCGAACGACGAUUACAGACCUUUGUCGUCUUAUGUCAUACACUCACAAUUGCUAUUUUUGUGACGAGCUUUUUCUUUACCUGUGCAAUUCCUCUAUUCUGGCCCCUUCUCCUGCCCUAUCUGGUCUAUAUCACUUUGUUCUCCACAGCACCAACCUCCGGGGAACUGAAAGGCCGAAGUUCCUUCUUACGAUCACUUCCCAUCUGGUCUAUUUAUGCAUCUUAUUUUCCGGCCCAUCUUCACCGCGAGGAAUCUCUGCCCCCAACCAAGAAGUACAUCUUUGGCUAUCAUCCCCACGGGAUCAUUUCACAUGGUGCAUUUGCCGCUUUCGGGACCGAGGCCCUAGGGUUCUCGAAGCUUUUUCCCGGCAUUACCAACACCUUGUUAACUUUGGACUCAAAUUUUCGAAUCCCGUUCUAUCGAGAGUAUGCCCUCGCAAUGGGACUGGCGAGUGUCUCUCGUGAAUCCUGUGAGAAUAUUCUGACGAAAGGCGGUGCCGAUAACGAGGGAAUGGGUAGAGCGAUUACCAUUGUCGUUGGUGGAGCCCGGGAAUCUCUCAAUGCACAGCCGCAUAGUCUACGCCUGGUGUUGAAACGUCGGAAAGGGUUCGUCAAGCUAGCCAUUCGCACGGGAGCCGAUCUGGUACCCGUUCUAGCCUUCGGAGAAAAUGAUCUUUACGAACAAGUGCACUCGGAUCAGCAUCCACUCAUUCACAAAAUUCAGAUGCUUGUCAAGCGUACCAUGGGGUUUACCGUCCCCCUGUUCCACGCACGUGGAGUCUUCAAUUAUGACGUUGGGUUGAUGCCCUACCGCCGUCCGCUGAACAUCGUGGUGGGACGACCGAUCCCUGUGAUGCAGCAGCAAAAUCGGGAUAAAAUUGAUGACACAUAUAUCGAUGAGCUUCAUUCCAAGUACGUGCAAGAAUUACAGCGACUAUGGGACGAGUGGAAAGAUGUCUAUGCGAAGGACAGGGCAGGUGAACUGGAAAUCACCGCGUGA